CCCAGGACAAAUCUGGUCGAUUCACUCGCCACUGAAAGCAGUGAGUUUAGGUAUAGCCACCAAAUUCUCAAGUUAAAAAAAGAGAUGUCUCCGUCUUUAGUCUACAACGGCGAUGUCGCCGCCGUUAAAUCAUCUCCUGUAUCCGGACGGUUUGCCGCCGUUUACAGUGAGGUUCAAACGAAUCGCAUCGAUCACGCUCUUCCUCUCCCUUCUGUUCUUAGAAACCCCUUCAAAAUCGUCGAUGGUCCCCCUAGCUCUGCUGCCGGCAACCCUGAUGAGAUCGCGAAGCUAUUUCCGAAUAUGUUCGGGCAACCCUCGGCAAUGCUAGUGCCAAACGGAGUUGACAGUGUUGGAUCUGAUCAGAAGUUGAAGAUCGGUGUCGUUUUAUCUGGAGGGCAGGCACCUGGAGGCCACAAUGUGAUUUCUGGAAUCUUUGAUUACUUGCAGGAGCGCGCGAAAGGUAGCAUUUUGUAUGGUUUUAGGGGAGGUCCUGCCGGGAUCAUGAAGGGAAAAUACAUAGAAUUGAGUGCAGAUUAUAUUUACCCCUACAGAAACCAGGGUGGCUUUGAUAUGAUAUGUAGUGGGAGAGACAAGAUUGAAACUCCUGAGCAGUUUAAGCAAGCUGAAGAAACAGCAGCGAAGCUUGAUUUGGAUGGGCUUCUUGUUAUUGGUGGGGAUGACUCAAACACAAAUGCUUGCCUUCUUGCUGAAAACUUCAGGUGUAAAAAUUUGAAAACUCGAGUGAUUGGGUGCCCAAAAACCAUCGAUGGUGAUUUGAAAUGCAAAGAGGUUCCCACAAGUUUUGGGUUUGAUACUGCUUGCAAGAUAUAUGCUGAAAUGAUUGGGAAUGUAAUGAUUGAUGCACGAUCAACUGGAAAAUAUUACCACUAUAAAUGGUUGGCAAAAGUUGCUGCCAAGAAGUUGACACUUAAAAACGUAACAGACUACAUGGUUGAUGUCAUUUGCAAACGUGCUGAACUUGGUUACAACUAUGGUGUUAUUCUCAUUCCUGAAGGUCUCAUUGAUUUCAUUCCUGAGGUCCAGCAGCUUAUUGCUGAACUAAAUGAAAUUCUGGCACAUGACAUUGUUGAUGAAGAUGGCCUAUGGAAAAAGAAACUUACCGAUCAGUCUCUAAAGCUUUUUGAUUUCUUACCUCAAGCAAUUCAAGAACAAUUGAUGCUUGAAAGGGAUCCGCAUGGAAAUGUUCAGGUUGCCAAAAUAGAAACAGAGAAAAUGCUCAUUCAAAUGGUUGAAACAGAAUUAGAGGAGAGGAAGCAGGAAGGUUCCUAUAAAGCUGAUUUUAAAGGACAGUCACACUUCUUUGGUUAUGAAGGAAGGUGUGGUUUGCCAACUAACUUUGAUGCCUCAUACUGCUAUGCUUUGGGCUAUGGUGCUGGAGCUCUCCUCCACAGUGGAAAAACUGGAUUGAUAUCAUCGGUUGGAAAUUUGUGUGCCCCAGUAGAAGAAUGGACUGUUGGAGGGACUGCUCUUACAUCAAUGAUGGACGUGGAGAGGAGACAUGGUAAAUUCAAGCCUGUUAUCAAGAAGGCAAUGGUAGAAUUGGACGGUGCACCGUACAAGAAAUAUGCUUCCAUGCGGGAGGAAUGGGCCCUUAAGAACUGCUACAUUAGUCCUGGUCCUAUUCAAUUUGUUGGGCCAUCUUCCAAUGCAGUUAACCACACUCUGCUCCUUGAACUCGGUGCUCAAGCUUAGUAGAAAAAAAGCUCAAAUGUCUAGAGAUAGCAAAUCAAACCUUGUAGUAUGUUUUUCUUGUUUUAUUUUUUCCUUCGAGUUUUGAAUUUUUUUAAGGUUUUUGGACCCAUGGAUUGGCUUAUAUCUAUGAAUUUUAAAGCUGUAAGAACCAAUUAUAUAUGCUAUUGGACUUGUUCUUGUAGUUGA